AUGUCUACUGAACAACCAGCUGCUGCUAAUGCAGGAAACCAAGACGAAAUCACUCCUUACAGUGAAGGUCACCAAGAACCACAAACUCACAAUCCAAACAAGGAUGUAUAUGGACCACACUGGGGUGAAGUUCGAUCCGAUGGUGAUUACAUCUACUUUGGUAAUGAGAGAUACUUGCGUUCCGAUUUGGCUCAAGCCUUCGGUGGUAUGAUGAACCCAGGUUUGGCCCCACCACAAAAACCAGAGUAUGCAAACCCAGCUCCAUUGGGUUUGAGUGGAUUUGCCUUGACUACUUUUGUUCUUAGUUUGAUCAAUUGUGGCGCAAGAGGUGUUCACAUCCCAAACAUUCUUGUUGGUUUGGCUUAUUUCUAUGGUGGAGCUGCUCAAUUACUUGCUGGGUUCUUUGAACUUGUUUUGGGAAACACUUUUGGUGGUGUUGCAUUGUGUUCAUAUGGAGGAUUCUGGAUGUCUUGGGCUUCAAUUCAAGUGCCAGCGUUUGGUAUUGUUGCUGCAUAUGAAGGUCAUGAUCAAGAACUUGCGUUUGCUAUUGGUCUCUUCCUUCUUGCUUGGGCUAUUUUCACAUUCUUUAUGAUGAUUAUGACACUCAAAUCUACAUUGGCAUUCUUUUCAAUAUUCUUUUUCUUGACCAUUACAUUCUUGUUAUUGGGAAUUGGUGAAAUUGCAGGAAAGGUUGGUGUCACUAAAGCUGGUGGUGUUUUUGGAUUAUUGAGUGCUUUUGCUGCUUGGUAUAAUGCUUAUGCUGGUAUUGCCAAUCCACAGAACAGUUAUCUUGUUGUCAAGGCACUUCCUUUGCCAGAUUUGGAAGACCGUUGGAGAGGAAAGAAAGAGAAGACCAAUCAAGCUUAA